CUAUAACAUCCGUUUGGUCAAACCGGAGAGAGUGUAGAAACAAGAAGGUACUUUACAGAGCCUAGCAUUUCAAUUCAGAGAGAUUUGGUCUUCGCGUUAAUCGGUUUUCGGAGCUCCGAAUAGAAUUUACAGAGACCCGCAUGGGAAGGUAUUUUUUUGCUUUGAAAUUUUUAUCGAAGUGGUUUUGAAUUGGAAGUGGAGAUAUGUACAGUGGAUCCAGCGACGGAGAAGGGCACGAUUCAUCGGCGCCGAGGAAAAUCCCUCCUGUCUCUUCCAUGCUAUGGGUCCGAAACCUCCGCCGGUACAUCGGAUCUGGUGCCGGGCUUGGAUCUGAAUCUUUAAUGGAGCUAGAAACAAAAAGAAUUUUAUUAGACAUGUUUAAAGAGAAGCAACAGAAGAGCUCUGAAGGAGGCACGAUUCCUAGUUUCUACAAAAAGAAACCUGAAGAAGGAUCCAUCAGUCAUAGAGUCCAGAGGCUGGCAAAAUAUCGUUUUCUAAAGAAACAAACCGAUCUUUUGCUGAAUGCUGAUGAUUUGGAUGCUAUGUGGCUAUGCCUGAGGGAGAAUUGUGUCAUUGAUGAUGCAACUGGUGCUGAAAAGAUGAAUUAUGAAGACUUUUGCCACAUUGCCUCUGUAUGUACCGAACAAAUAGGCCCCAAAUGUCGACGCUUUUUCUGCCCUUCAAAUUUCAUGAAGUUUGAAAAAGACGAAUUGGGAAGAAUCGCCAUUCUACCAUUCUAUCUUUAUGUAAUGCGAACGGUAUCCCUUACUCAAGCCAGGAUUGAUAUGAGUGAGCUUGAUGAGGAUUCUGAUGGUUUCCUUCAACCUCACGAAAUGGAAUUCUAUAUAAGAGGUCUUAUACCUAAUUUGGCACAACUCCGGGACAUACCAGCAGCUUUUGUGCAAAUGUACUGUCGCAUAGCUGCACACAAGUUUUUCUUCUUUUGUGAUCCCCAUAAACGAGGUAAGGCGUGCAUAAAGAAAGUGCUACUCAGUAAUUGCCUCCAGGAGCUAAUGGAACUGCACCAGGAAAGUGAGGAAGAAGUCACUGAUACUGAACAAGCUGAAAACUGGUUCUCAUUGACAUCUGCACAACGCAUAUGUGAUAUGUUUCUUGCUCUUGAUAAAGAUAUGAAUGGAACUUUGAGCAAGCAGGAGCUUCGAGAAUAUGCAGAUGGGACAUUAACAGAUAUUUUUAUUGAGAGAGUUUUCGAUGAGCAUGUCCGGCGUGGAAAAAACGGAGGUGGUAAUGCUCGGGAGAUGGAUUUUGAAAGUUUUCUCGACUUUGUUUUGGCACUGGAAAAUAAAGACACUCCAGAGGGAUUAACUUAUUUGUUUCGCUGCCUUGAUCUCCAUGGAAGGGGAUUUCUCACGACUGCUGAUACCCAUACACUUUUCAGGGAUGUUCACCAGAAAUGGAUUGAGGGAGGUAACUACGAGCUUUGUAUUGAAGACGUAAGGGAUGAAAUAUGGGAUAUGGUGAAGCCAGCCGAUCCGUUGAGAAUAACACUGGCUGAUCUACUGGCUUGCAAACAGGGCGGGACAGUUGCAAGUAUGCUUAUAGAUGUUCGCGGAUUCUGGGCCCACGACAACCGAGAAAAUCUUCUCCAGGAAGAAGAAGAGCCACAAGAAGAAGCAUAAGCCCUAGGUAUCUCUGUAAUCAUGUGAGAUAUAGUUAUAUCAAUUUGUCUCCCGCAAUUUUAUUGGACCUGAAAGUUUUAGCAUGCAUGUAUAAAUGCAGUUUGAUUGGAAUAAACUAUUGAAAUUAUUUGUAAUGUAGAAUUGAAGUAGUGUAAUCAUCAAAUUUCUCUCUCCAAUAUAUUGUUGAGGAAUGGGUGGUGUUCUUAAAUUUCAAUUUAUCUAUGGCUUUUCUGAA